AGGGUGUGCCUGGGCACACCCCGUGCACACGCCAAUGGACACAGUACUCAGAGUAUAGGGCCUGUUCCAAAGCCCUUCACAGCCAAUGGGAAGACUCACUCGGACUUCAGUGGGCUUUGGAUCAGCCUCAUAGAGCACAGAAGACAGAUUUUUGCCCCAGGGACCUUAAAAUAUAUGAAGCAAAUCCUACUGUUCUUUCCAUACUCGCUGAAUGCUCUCGAAACAAUAGGAUCACCUUGGAGAGAAGGGGUACUAUAGAAUUCUAAGAGCACAAGUACUGUGUUUACAUUGCCUGACCCUCUGCAGAGGCUUUGUGUCCUAGUGCAGUUUGGGUGUGGGUGAAUGCACUACUACAUGGAUCCACCAGCCAUUCAUUCCUCCACAGUGCAGAGGAGUACAGGAGACAUGGUGUUCAGCAACUCGGAGACAGAGCAGCCAUCAUGGAACGGUUAAGAUUCCAUUCCUUCCCAUUGCCCACCUCAGCACACAGACCAUUUACUGCAUGCUGGGAAAAGAAUUUGAUCCUAAGUAAAUACACUUUUGAAAGUCAUUUUAGUUUAUGCCAAUGAGUUAAACUGCUCAUUAAUUGAAGUGAUGUUCUGUAAUGCUCCAUUAGAAGCAGCAAUUCAAAAUCUAUCACAUAUAGAUUUUGUUUGCUUCAAUUCCAUUAAGCUGUCAUAGGGCACUUCUGGUUUUGUGGCAUUUCAUUUUGCAUGGCUCCUCAGGGUCAAAACCAGAACUGCACACAGCUGUCCCUUAUAAUUACAUUUCAGUGACAAGUCAGGUGUUUGGUUUUUGGCUUGAUGCUCUAACAGAGUCAGCAUUUAAUAGCCAGAAAUAAGCUUUGAAGCUAAUGCUCCUUUAAAGUGAUUGAGGUAGUUUGCAGCUUUGAUACUUAAGUUUCAAAUGAGUUAGCUAGAGAAUUUGCAAGAGAAGACAAAAUUCAUACCAGCACAGAAGUCUAAUGCUAGGGCCCCUUCACUAUCUAAGUCCUGCAUUAAGCAGGACAUAAAUGGAGACAAAGGCCUUGUUUGUAGCUCUUGUACUGCAGAGGGUUUCACCCACAUAGCACCGAGUCACAUACGUGCAGCUAGAAACAUCACUUAAGAAUUUAAGUAAACUCUGCAGACUACCUUAAGAGCUGUAUUAAGCUGCAUGUAUGUCAACAAUUGUCAGUAUAACUUAGUACACUUGAAUUAGCGCUCUGGGGCAGAGAUACAAGAGGCUUUGCUAGAUGCCUAACUCCACUAGCCUCCCCCCACAUCAAAAUGGCUUAUAGUUUUACCUGGGAACAGUGAGCCGAGGUGAAGGGACCAGAGCCAAUAUGCUGCGGAACCUGCUGGCUCUUCGGCAAAUUUCCCAGAGGACCAUAAGCAUUGCUUCACACAGACAAGUCGCAAACAGAGUUCCAGAGAAGCAGAAGCUUUUUCAGGAGGAUAAUGGAAUGCCAGUGCAUCUUAAGGGUGGACUAGCAGAUGGUUUGCUGUAUAGAACCACCAUGGCUCUAACAGUUUUUGGAACAUGCUAUGCUGUUUAUGAGCUGUUUGUAGCUGCAAUGCCCAAGAAAGUGAAAUGAUUCCAGUUUACAAGAUGCCUCCUUAAUUAACAUCUCUUUGUCCAAUUUCAUGUAAUUCUUCAGGGAUUUUGCUUGUCUUUGUCAUACAUGGUUGAUUUCAUGUUUGGGAUCAAUAUUUAUUGUAACAUGUUAACUGCAACCAAUAAAGCAGUUUUUACAUGUUGGGGGAAACAAAACAAAACAAAAAAACAGUGAGCCCAGGCUGCUGCAGCUUACACUUGACCCCCCAACCUGCCUUCCUCCCUCAAAAACUUACCUUUGUUGUCUUCUGGCCAAAGGAGCGGGUUGAUUGCCUGUUCUACCCAACUUACUCUGUAUGGAGAUAGAUGCUGACUACAGAUGGUCCCAUUGCACAGCUUCAGGGGAGUGGUUGCUGCUAAGUAAAGAACACUGUUCCCCAAAUCCUAAAGCUCCUUUGGAAAGUCAGAAAGCAACCUGGCUUCUUCUAAACCAGAGUAGCAGAAGCUGGGAGUUUUUGUUGCACCGGCUGCUCUAGUAAGUAGAGUAAUUAGUACCAAAUAGAAUGGUUGGUUUUUGUUUGUUGGUUUGUUGAGUUCCUCAUACUGACUAAAUUUCUUCAUUCCUGAGUUGGAAACAGCUCUUUCUGGGGGUGAAAGGACAAUUCAGCCCCUAUGUCCAGUUAUUUUUGAUGUCUUUGCUGAGAUUGAUCAUAAAUGGUUUCAGUUAUAAUGGUAGUUUUGAGCUGUAGAUUCAGGAUCUACAUAUGCACCUCAUAAUGUGUUGGGCUGGAUUCACUUUGUAGUGGCCAUCCAACAGCCAUAAAAUGGUGACCUUUAUAACUGCCCACCAGAAAUGUGUUUGCUGCCAGAAAGACACUGCAGCAAGGCAUACAAAACCAGCCUGGUUAACUUGUUAACUUUCUACUUAGGUCUUCAACAGGUGUACAGGGCAGAGCCAGGAAGCAGAGCUGGGGAAUGAAAUUCCAAGUAGACCCUUCGGCCUGGUCUAUACCUACCUACUUUGCUGAGGGCUGUGGAAAAAUGUUGUGCCCUGGGCACUAUAAUUAGGUUAACCUGACACCCAGGGCGGAUACAGCUAGGUUGAUGGAAGAAUUCGUCUGGCCGCUUAGCUACUGCCUCUCCAAGAGGUGGAUUAACUGCAUCAACAGAAAAAUCUGUUCUGUCAAUUUAGGAAGCAUCUACGCUAGGGUGCCACAGUGGCACAAGUGCUGUACAUCCAGUUGUGUGCCAGAUCUGUACUUUAGGUUGGUGCUUUGCUGUUUUGUGUGUAGUUGUAUAAAACUGUUUUAUUUUGCUUGUGGCAACCAAUGAGCUAUAAAAUUGUGGGGAG